UGUCGAGAAAACGGAACGUGGUACAAAAGUGAGGACUCCUUAUCAGGAGAGAGAAGAGGAUGCGACCGCCAAUUGUCUCGACGGCAUGACCCGACCUUUAACUGGGCUUCCCUGAGGUGCGACCUCCGCGCGACACACGAUGCAGGAGGUGGAACAAGAACGUCCUCAUCCUGCAGGUCCUAUUCCUGCAGGCUCUCAUGGACGGACACAUUCCGGAGACCGUGACCGGCUUUGGAGUUCGGCACUGCUGGUGACACUGAUGAUGUUGGUCAUGAAUCCAUUGUCAUCGAUGGGACAUCGGCCCGCACCCAACACUCCGGUUCCGCUUCAGCAGAGCGUCUCCACGUUAAUACCCAAUGAGACCUCAUCAAUUUCGACAGAGAGAAAUUUAAAUUCCGAUGUCAACUGGGACCCAGAGGGAUACAAUAGCUCGAUUCAUCAUCAUCAUCAUAAGAAGGUCGGUGGGAAUAUGUCCGAGGAGAAGGCGCCGCUAUUUCCAAAAGAUUUCUUCACGCUUCAAGAAAGACGUCGUGGUGCUGUUAUUUUUCACGUUGUAGGCGUCGUGUAUAUGUUUGUCGCCUUGGCAAUCGUCUGUGACGAAUUCUUCGUGCCGUCCCUCGACGUGAUUAUCGAGAAACUUGAUAUCGCUGAUGAUGUGGCCGGUGCCACGUUCAUGGCAGCGGGGGGUUCCGCCCCUGAGCUUUUUACCUCGAUAAUUGGGGUGUUCGUCUCGUUCGACGACGUAGGAAUUGGUACCAUCGUCGGUUCGGCAGUUUUUAAUAUUCUUUUUGUCAUCGGCAUGUGUGCCAUCUUCUCAAGGACCGUACUCACGCUCACAUGGUGGCCACUCUUUCGCGAUUGCAGCUUUUACAGCAUUAGCCUCAUUACUCUAAUCUACUUCUUUCGUGAUAACUAUAUACAUUGGUACGAGGCUCUUGUGCUAUUCUGUUUCUAUCUUCUGUAUGUUGGCUUUAUGAAAUGGAAUCAGCCUAUGGAGAAACUCGUCAAGAGGAUAUUGUACAGGAACAAGGUUACACGGGUUAGGUCCACUGACCAAUUGAUGCCCACGCACCAGGGCGCCGCCCAGGCAUUGCAGCAUCCGAAUGCAACGAACAGCAGCGAAACGAGUGUGGGUGGCGUUUCUGGUGCGUGUGGAAGUAGCGGUUUACCUGCGGCAGCGGAAGCGGGAUGCAGCAGUGGAGUUGGUGCCGGGACCAGCAGAGGUGGAGGCAGUCACAAUGAUCAGAGUGGUAGUCACAGUGGCUCAACGCACAGUCACGCCAAAUUCAGGCAUGGUCUACUCCAACUCAUGAUCCACACAAUCGAUCCUCUCCACGACGGUCAGUCCCGAGCCGGCAAGGUGGAUGAGAAAGCGACACAGCUGCACGCUAUCGCGUCGUUGAAAGUGCUUUUGGAUGCAACAAGACCGCACAAUGGAGCUGCGACGUCAUCGGCGGCACUUUAUUCGGCAUCGAAAGAGACAACACUUCAACUUCAGCAAGGUUCACAAGGAACAACUACAACAACAACAACAACAACAGCCGAGACCAGUGCCGGUAUUCAAGAACUUCCAAAUGGCGGAAUUACGCCCGGUAUCGACGCUGGCCUCGAAUCGGGUGAGGAGGAUGAACCUCCGGAAGCUCUCGACAUGGGCUGGCCUAGCAGUCCCAAGAAAAGGCUCACAUAUAUUCUAGUUGCACCUAUUCUGAUUCCUCUCUGGUUGACGUUACCAGACACGCGAACACCCAGAGGUAAAAAAUUUUUUGCUGUAACAUUCAUCGGCUCGAUCUUCUGGAUAGCAGCGUAUUCGUACCUGAUGGUUUGGUGGGCGAACGUCGCCGGUGAUACCGUUCAAAUACCACCGGAAGUGAUGGGUCUCACGUUCCUCGCUGCCGGAACCAGCAUCCCCGACCUCAUUACCAGUGUCAUUGUAGCACGAAAGGGUUUCGGCGACAUGGCUGUAUCUAGUUCCGUCGGUAGUAACAUUUUCGACGUAACCGUUGGGCUUCCGAUUCCAUGGCUCAUCUAUGGUAUAAUCUACGGGAAACCUGUGGAAGUGAACUCAGUGGGAAUGGUCUGCAGUAUAGCGAUCUUGUUCUGCAUGCUUCUUUUCGUAAUUCUAAGCAUCGCCUGCUUUAAAUGGCGAAUGAACAAAAGUCUCGGCUUCACUAUGUUCCUUCUCUACUUCGUCUUCGUUGCCGUCUCACUCAUGUUUGAGUAUGAGGUAGUCAGGUGUCCCGUUUAGAUAAAAAUUGGUGACUCCAUUUUGACAAAAAAAAAAAAAAAAAAAAACAAAAAAAACCUGGCACAAUACCUUUCCUCUCCAAAAAAAAUAAAAA